AUGAACGAUCCUGACCACGCUCAAGAAUCGCAGACUGCUGCGGACGAGGGCCACCGAGGGCAAAAGCGAAAGCGGGUUGAGGUCACUGCCGGCCCAACACGACGAAGCACCAAUGCUUGUAAUGGGUUUCGGGAGUUCCUGGAGCUCGCACUCAAGCUGAUACAUGGAGCGCAGGUCACCGUUGCAAGAACAAGAAGCUCAAAUGCCACUUUCAAAUGUGCCGCAUGUACCAAAGCGAACUCGGAUUGCAUCUUCGAUGCACUGCCAGAUGGUCUGCCCAGAGGCGCAGAAUAUGUUUCGACGCUCGAAGCUCGUGUUGCUUUCCUAGAAGCCGAACUCCGCAGCUCAAAUCCACCAUCUAUCCACCUGAACGAGCACUUGCGCCACGGAGAUAGCAUACAUAUAGAGAGUUCGUUGCCUUCUGCUCUCAGAGAGGGAGCGGGCACUGCACGAGCUAUUCAAGAGGGAAACCACACUGCUUCGGGUGGCAGGCUCGGUCCAAACGGUGGUUUCUCCUUCACAGAGCUCGUCGAGAGGCAUGUUGUCUAUGGUUGGCUAUCCCCAGAGUCGACAUCUGAACUUACGAAUUUCAACAUGCUACAAGGCGGAACCACGGUAUCUGAAAUGCAAGCAGCUUCUCUACCAGAACUUCCAUCAAGGGACGUCGGCACCCUUCUGCUCGAGACCGUCUACUUGUACACUCAAGCACGCUAUUGCCUUGUCGAUUGGACGCGGCUUCGUGAGUGGCAUCGACGCCGGGAGGCUAUCUGUUAUGCCACCAAAGAAGAUGACCUUGAUGCACAGAUAGGAGCCUAUUUCGUUUGGAUUAUCUAUGCUAUAGGUGCGGGCUUCGUUCCAAACCCUGAGUAUCCGCCUAGGGCAUACUUCGCACGCGCUCUGAAGCAUCUUCAUGCCGUUCUAACUCUGCAAGACUUGACCACGGUUCAAGGAUUACUUUGCCUGUGCCAAUACCACUUUCGAGCAACUGGAGGACCCUCAGUCUGGCAUCUUUCCGGCAUCAUCAUGCGGUUGUGUAUCGAAUUGGGUUACCAUCGCACAGCAAUGAGGAGGACGAGUACAGAAGACCCUCUCACGCUUGAGUUUGAGAAACGAUUCUUUUGGUGUGCUUACUGUUUUGACCGCUUGGUCUCCACCAUGGCUAGACGACCUUUCGGAAUCCACGACCUGGAUAUUGACGUGGAUGUCCCGGUCAACGUUGACGUUGACUGCACUGAUAUCGAGCGAAUCCGGAACCUCCAAAUCUGUCAGGCGGCUGGCAAAGAGGACGGUCAAGCAGGUGUAAUUACUUCGAUCAGCUCGGCGCUGCAUCACCUGGAGAUAUAUCGUCUCAAAUCGAGAAUAAUGACACGGUUCUUUGGACCACAUGCACUUCUUCCGACAUAUGACGACGUCAAAGGAUUUCUCGCCGAACUCGAUGACUGGAGAGCGACAGCGCCUCAAAGAUGUCCCGCACGGUGCCCUCAGCAAAGCGAUGAGCGGAAGCAAGGAUUCUAUCUCCAAGCAGUCCUUCUCACUAUGCGGCCUGUGUUGAUGCAAAACGCUGUCGACCAGAAUCUGCUGCGUCUGUGCGCUGAGAAGGCAGCCGAAGCUUGCGAGAAUGGCAGGUUGCUAAGCAUAAGUCCCCAGACGCAUCCUUCACUCACCGAUCUAUAUCAAAAUUUCUACUGUGGCGUCACAUUGCUACAAUGCCUUGCUCUACAGCAAGCCAUCUUGCCGCCGAGACGGAUUGCUCGAGCAAUAGUUGCCUGCUCUAGCACCCUCUCAGUGUAUACGAGACAGUUCACUAUUGGCGCCCCAUUUCUCGAGGUCUUCGAGAAGCUCUCCGACCGUUUCCUUGGGGACGGUGGCGACGUAGGAUUGUGCGACCCUACCUCGAUGCUUCGUCUGCGCGGUAUUCUCCAAGAAAUCAUGUCCAGCGAUCCAUCCGAAACAUCAAAGAUGCUACGCGCACUCUCUCACGACGAGUCUCAAAUUUCCAGACCGACACCUGUGGACAGGGCGAGCAACGAGCAUCACUUUCCCAUGACCGGAGACUUCUCAUCUGUCAUGGGAAUAAGUGACGUUGCAAUGCCCUUCGAUAUGCCUUUUGACAUGUAUUCAUUGAACGGAUCACUUCUAGAUGUGACGGACUUCUGGAAUGGCUUAUAA